AUGUUUUUUCACUAUUGUUAGUUGAGUAUCAAUUAAGAUUCAGUUAUGAGAGCUAUACCAACGUGGGUUGAUAAAGUUCAUGACAAAGAUCAAGCUCCUGUCUGUAUUUAUGACAUUGCCUUUAAUCCUGAUGGUUCACAAUUGAUAGCCGCAUCUGGAAAUAAAGUUCUGGUGUAUGACACAGCUGAUGGCUCACUUGUUCGAGCUUUAAAAGGUCACAAGGAAACUGUUUAUUGUGUGGCAUAUGCGAAAAAUGGCAAAAGAUUUGCUUCCGGUGGAGCUGAUAAAUGUGUUAUCAUUUGGACAAAUAAGUUGGAGGGCAUUUUAAAAUACACGCAUAACAAUGCUAUACAAUGUAUUCAAUACAAUCCAGUAAACCAUCAACUCGCCAGUUGUACUUCAGAUGACUUUGGUUUAUGGUCCAGUGAGCAGAAGUCAGUUUCCAAACAUAAACUUUCAUCAAGAGCUCUUUGUUGUUGCUGGACGAAUGAUGGACAGUAUUUAGCUCUUGGUUUGUUUAAUGGUAUUAUUAGCAUUAGAAACAAGUCUGGGGAAGAAAAAGUUAAAAUAGAACGGUCUGGAGGUUCACCUGUAUGGACGAUGUCCUGGAAUCCGUCUGUAGAUGAAACAACAGACAUCCUUGCAGUUGGUGACUGGGGUCAACGUCUGUCUUUUUAUCAGUUAAGUGGAAAGCAAAUUGGUAAAGACAGACAUUUGGGCUUUGAUCCAUGCAGUUUAAGUUAUUUCCCCAAAGGAGAAUUUUUGGUGAUUGGAGGAUCUGACAAAAAGUGCUAUUUGUACACCAAGGAAGGUGUUCGACUUGCUGUUAUUGGUGAACUUCAAAGUUGGGUGUGGACGUGUAAAGCACGACCUGAAGGAAACUAUGUAGUUUGUGGCAGUGAUGAUGGAACAAUUGCAUUUUACCAGCUUAUUUUUAGCACUGUACAUGGUUUAUACAAAGACAGGUAUGCCUAUCGUGAUAAUAUGACUGAUGUGAUUAUACAGCAUUUGAUCACUGAACAAAAAGUUCGUAUAAAAUGCAGAGAGCUGGUCAAAAGAAUUGCAAUAUAUAAGCAUAGGCUUGCGGUUCAAAUGCCAGAACGUAUUGUGAUUUACGAAAUCUAUUCUAACGAUGCAGCUGAUAUGACAUAUAAAAUCAGAGAGAGAAUUAACAAGAAAGUGGAUUGUAAUUUAUUGGUUGUUACUGGAAAUAACUUGAUCUUGUGUCAGGAGAAACGUUUACAGUGUUUAGCAUUUGACGGAACUAAAGAACGGGAAUGGCAGAUGGAAUCUUUGAUCAGAUACAUAAAAGUAAUAGGAGGCCCACUUGGUAGAGAAGGACUCUUGGUGGGACUAAAGAAUGGUCAGAUUCUGAAAAUCUUUGUUGACAAUCAAUUUCCAAUACUUUUAUUGAAACAACAAACCAGUGUGAGAUGUUUGGACAUGUCCUGCAGUCGCAAAAAAUUGGCAGUUGUUGACGAAAAUAACACUGUUCUUGUAUAUAGUCUGGAAACUAAAGAGUUACUAUUUCAGGAGCCUAAUGGGAACAGCGUUGCUUGGAAUACACACAAUGAUGACAUGUUAUGUUUUUCUGGUGGUGGCAUGUUAAAUAUAAAGGCUGGCAGCUUCCCAGUGCACCAACAGAAAGUUCCUGGAUUUGUUGUUGGAUUUUGUGGCUCCCGUAUUUUUUGUCUUCAUGUCUACAACAUGUCCUCUGUUGAAGUUCCACAGUCCACUCCAAUGUAUCAAUAUUUGGAAAAGAAAAUGUUCAGAGAUGCUUACAGGAUUGCAUGUCUUGGUGUUACUGAUGGUGACUGGCGUGCAUUAGCAAUGGCUGCUCUUGAGGGUUCAGAAUACCAAAUUGCAAAACUUGCGUUUGUUCGAGUUCGAGAUCUGAAGUUUUUGGAACUCAUUCACAGUAUCGAGGAGAGACGAAAACGUGGUGGAAUCAGUAAUCAUGUCUUUUUAGCUGACAUAUAUGCAUAUCAGGGUCGUUUUCAUGAAGCAGCUAAGUUGUACAAAAGUACUGGUAACGAGGAAAAGGCCUUGGAGAUGUUUACAGAUUUAAGAAUGUUUGAAUACGCCAAAGAAUUUCUUGGUAGUAGUGAUCAGCGCAAUGUGAAAAAGCUGAUCAAAAAACAAGCGGAAUGGUGCAAAACAACAAACGAUCCUAGAGCUGCAGCUGAUAUGUUUAUAGCAGCUGGCGAGUUUUUAAAAGCUGUUGAAAUUCUUGGAGAGAAUGGUUGGAGCGAAAAAUUGGUUGAAUUGGGACGUAACCUAAACAAAGCUGAUAAAGAACCAUUAACAAGAUGUGCGCAGUACCUGCAACAACUUCGUCAGUUUAAUUAUGCUGGUGAAAUGUAUUUAAAACUUGGAGAUACGAAGCAGUUGGUCAAGUUGUAUGUUGAAUCAUUACAAUGGGAUGAAGCUUUCCUUUUGGCUGAGAAACAUCCAGAAUUAAAGGAUGAAGUUUAUGUACCGUAUGCAAAUUGGUUGGCUGAAAAUGAUCGUUUUGAUGAAGCUCAAGCAGCAUUCCACAACGCUGGACGCAGAACUGAUGCCGUAAAAGUGUUGGAACAACUCACAUUAAAUGCUGUCGUAGAAAACAGAUUCAACGAUGCAGGGUAUUAUUUUUGGCGACUUUCCAUGCAAUGUCUUGAUAUCGCUGGUCAAAAACAAUCAGGUGAACUGAAAGAUUUAGAGGAUAAUAUUCUAGAAAAAUUUUAUGAAUUUCAAAGGAAAGCUAGUAUUUAUUACGUGUAUCACACUAUCCAACGUUUUAUGGAAGAACCAUUUACAUCUCAAAUGCCUGAACCACUCUUCAAUAUGGGCAGAUUCUUAUUGCAUUCACUGAUUAAAGAAGUUCCACAUGGCGUUUCCAGGGUCCAUGCUUUAUUUGCUGUUGCAAAACAGGGUAAAAGUCUUGGUGCAUACAAACUGGCAAGAUAUGCUUUUGAUAAACUGCAGACACUUCGUAUACCCGAUAGAUAUCAGGAACUUAUUGACUUGGGUAGCAUUACCAUUCGAUCAAAACCUUUUCAAGAUAGCCAGGACCUUCUUCACAUGUGCUACAGAUGUUCAACAACCAACCCUCUGUUGAACAACAAAGGGAAUCAAUGCAUCAAUUGUUCUCAACCUUUCAUUCAUUCGUUUAUUGGAUUUGAAACGUUGCCAUUGGUGGAAUUUGUUGUCGACGAUGACAUAAGCGACGAAGAAGCCAUGAAGUUGAUCAACAUGGACACCCUAGUUGAUGCAUCACCUGAUCGAUGGCAAGAUAACACCGCUCAGCAAGGAAAUUCUCAAUCGCUACGUAUGGACGGCGCAGACUCCGGUAUGGACGAAGAUGACGAUCCUUUCGCCACAAAGCUAAUGUCAUUUGAGCAAGGUGGAGGAGAGUACACACCUCUCGUGAUUGGUCGACCAACUUUGAGAAAAAUACCUCGUACAUCAGUGUUUGUGAAAAAGUGGCCUUCACCAUUGAGAUAUCAAUUCUUUCGUAAUAUACUUGAUGACAUCUCCAUCACAAUGUGUCAAUCAUGUUUUAAUUUGUUCCACUCCGAAGAUUUCGAACUUUUGGUCUUGCAACAAGGUUACUGUCCAUUCUGUCGAGCGAAACAAGAUUUUAUUUAAUAUAUUGUAUAGAUAAAUUUUUUAGCUUUAUUUAUUGUUUCGUAGCAUUUGACAGUUUCCGUAGCUGUCAAAUAAAUAUGGAAAACUAGCAACUGCGUUUUUAUGGUCUGAAAGCUGAACAAAACCCCUGAACAAAAAUUGGCUGAGCUAUUCUAGUGUUUAAAACAUUCCAAGAAAUAUCAGAAAAACGCAUGUCAAGUCACACAUAACUUAAUAUAUAUUGAAAGAAUUUUAAUACUACAAUCUUAGAUAAAAGUUUGUGGAUUACUUUUAGUUUUUUGUGCUAUUUUUCUAAACAGACAUAUAGCAUCAAAUGUAGCCGGCUACUUCUACUGAUCCUAGACCAGGUAAGCUCUGCUCCAAACACAAUGGAGCAUUCUGUUAUGCGAACACAGCACAAAAAUCAACGUUACGGCUUGUAAAGCUCUUUGAGUUUGGACAAAAUAGUUGAAUCAAAAGGGUCGAGAAGAAUAACCUAAAUUUUCUUUUAACUUUGAAGCUUAAAAUUCUUUUGUGCGGAGCUUAGAUUUUUUCUGUCUAUUCACAAAUAUUUUGUCCAGGAUUGUAGCACCCCAAAGUUAAUAUUUAAAUUCGCAAAAGAAGGUGUUCAAUGUUUUCAGUACCAUUUAUUAUCAGCUAUUUUUUCAAAUUUGUUGGGUCAAACUCAAAAUGACUCGUUUUUUAUAAAAAAAGUGUUUGAGCAUGAAAUCCAACAACAUAAUCGGUGCUUUUAAAGAAUGUACAGUUUUUAUCGAUUUAUUUGUUUCUUUUUGGUGAUUUUGAUUGUAUAUAUUGGUUAAUUUAUUACGUUGUAAAUUUUUAAACUUUUUCGUUGUCUCUAAAAAUUUGUCUCUUCUUA